GAUCAGUUGGUAAUUUUUACUUGUUUCCUUUUUAUUUUGACACUUGUGUAAUAAAAUUUCAUAACUCAAAAUACGUCUUUGGCUCGUAUUCAACUUACGAAUAUUCACAUCUCCAAAGAAGUAAAGAAGAACGUAAAUGUCCGACGACACUUCAACAACGGCUUGGCCAGCAACAACUGCGACUAAUGAUCACGUGUCCAUAACGACAAAAUCAACGAAGUCAACGGCAACAUUAGGUCCACAGAGCCGCAAGAAUGAACACCGAAACUUCUCGGGUAAAACCAUUGUAACAUUGCUGAUAUGCGGAUACUUGACUGGAAUGGGCCUGUUCGUGGCUUGGCAUAUGUACGAAACUGACAACGUCCAGCUUCUAAGAGGCAAAUGGCUCAAGUAUAAUGCGGCUGUAUUAGUGUUCCUUCUGUUCGCCUACAGUCGGCAUGUGCGUUGCAUUGCCACAUUGUGCAUUCCCAUUUUGUGCAGCUCUAAGGGGCGAUCCUUGUUGAUCGCCUUUGCUUUUGUGAUGGUCGCUAUGGGACCAACUGUGAAUAUUUUUCGGAACGUGGACGUGCUCGUGCGUAGCCUCUCCUGUGGCCAAAUGCAACUAAAGGAAGCGCUAGAAGAAAUGCUGGAGGUGAUGAGACAGCCGCUGGUGGCCAUUAAGAAAUCUGUUAGAACUGCCAUGAAUAAUAUAAAGCAAGUCGUCAAAAAAGUCGAAUUAUUGCUGUUUCGCAUAAAAGAGCUGGUGCUGGUGAUCUUGAGCGCGAUCAAGAACAUGUUUGAAUGGCUGAAAAGCAUCGUGAGCUUUUGCAAUAAGGAAUUGGGCACACCCUUCGAUCGGUGCAUGAGGACCGCAGACGAUGCGAUGAAGGAUUGCAGUGAAAAACUAGGCUCAUUCAAGGGACUCUGUCAGGCAACGCACAUCUUCUCAAUGCUUUGCUAUACAGUCAAAAUAGUCGAUGUUCUCUGUGUGAUGGUGGUCUUCUUUGACGAUGCUGUGCUGGGUACCAUUAUGGACAAACUGCGCGAAUUCACGGACGAGAUAAAGAAUAUGUUCGAGGUGUCAGUCACUUUCGACCAUGACUUCAGCUUUACAACGGUGGCCUCAAGAAAUCUCAGCGAUGUGGGCCGCGAUAUUAUGAGUGAGAUACAUGGGCGUAUGGCAGGCUUCUUCCUCAUUUUCGGUUGGCUGGAUGUGAUUAGCGGACUCCUUUGCAUUUUAGUGAUAAUCAAAGCAAUUUACUUCAAAAUGAAAUACUUGCGGCAGCCGGGCUACAACAAUCACUAUCUCACGAAAGACAUUCUGCAGAUCGAUGAGCAGCGCAAGGGCGCGGGUUUGGAACGAUUAUUGCCGCUGAAGAAAAGUGAAAAGCGCAAAUACAUUUGGAUAUCCAACUGCCGUUUGACACGCCGAGAGAUCUAUAGGCUAAUGCGCUCGAUGUUAUUUCUUUUUAUUUCCGUCAUACAGAUUUUCUGCAUCUGUUUUUUUGAUUACAGUCUAUAUUGGACAUUGGCUAUGAUCAACUACUAUGGCAGCCAGGAGGCAAACGUGGAGGUUCCGCCCUUUAUUACCGUCGAUGUAAAGGGAGGGGGCUACACGGCCGAAAUUUUUCGCGGCAUCGUGCAGGCUUUCGAGCCGCUCAGCCAGAAAUACAACAUCGAUGCGACGCCUUGCCUUCCGGUGCCGAAGCGUCCGAAUUUGAAGCGAUAUAUGGAAAUUGCAGGUAUUUGUUUGUUGGCUUGGAUUUGCUUCUUCUGUGAGCCUUACGGCCUGCGACUGCGACACGUUGUGAUGCGUCUCUAUUACCCAGCUGAGGCGCGGCAACGAGCUGCUUGGCUGUACAAUGAGAUACUGAUGAAGCGCAUGACAUUCUUCAAGCUCAUGAGACGGAAGGCGCGCGCAAAGUUUAAAAAUGAGCCCAAAUCUGACCCAUAUACUUUUCUAGACUGGCUUAGAGCGAAGACCGCGAGCUGCUUUCUUUGCCGUUUUAUACUCGGGCAUCGUAAAAGUGAUACUUGCAUUUUGUGCGGAUUCCCCCUGAAAGAAGACAAAGUGGAAUGUUCGAAUCCUGGCUGCCAGGCGGUUUACUGUCAGAGUUGUUUUGACGAGUCCAAUAAAAACUGUUGUAUAUGCAAAAGACCUGUGGAAUACGGCGAUGACAGUGACAUCUCAGAAGAGAAGGACUCUUCUGAUGACCCGAGCGCCGUACGUGAGCCGCGCGAAAGCGAUAAAUAUUGUAUUUGGGUACCCUAGUACUCAUCAAGCAGUAAAUGAAAUCGCACAACAAUUUCCACCAAUUUUGGUCGAUUUGAAUUCUAUCUAAAUUUUAAAUGUAUUUCAUUAAGUGCAUCCACUACCAUUUACAGUACCACAGACUAUGCAAGACUGGCUACUGGUUAUUGGCCACUUUUGUGAAUUCCGCAUUGCAAACCAACUAUGGUCACAACAGCCGCAAAACAACAGGAGAACCAACCGAUUUUGGCUAACUCACAGCUGCAAUAGAUACACUGCCGCGCCACUGGCGUAAGUUAUUCUGCGGUGCUUUCAUUCAACACCCCAAUCAAGACUCUGCCCAAAUAAGCAAAGUAAGCAAACGACCGCUCCUCGUCCCAAUUGGUUAGGAUGCUUUCUGCGUCGAGUUGGCGUAAAUGAAGCAAUGCGGUGGCUAAAGUUUCGAUCGGUGGAGCGCAGAUAUGAUCAACAUCACAACGAGUAAAUGGACAAAUUGUUUGUUGUUUAAGGCACAGCUGCAGCUAGAAACGUCAUAUGCACUAUCGGAUUGACACAUGCACAUACAUGUACGAACAUAUGUACAUACUGUGUGAGCACCACCGCCCUCGCCCAGCUACCGCCCCAUCGAACCCAACGCGUAAUUCGAAAAACAUUUGAAAAUUGCUGACGAAUCGUAACUUUAGUCCACUCGCUGCUGGACGGCUGUAUGGCUGGACGGUUGGAGAAGUGAAGAAGCAACAUAUUUUUAUGGCAUUUAGCGGGAGUGGCUCUCGUGAUGAUGAUGGUGCUGGCGAUAGUUAUGUAUGCUACUGCCUUCGCUGCUGACUGCUGAUGAUCGUGCGCUUUUGAGGGUAUUCGUACAUUGAUGAAGUGGGAAUGUUGUUGACAUUUACUGCGAAUUAGUGUGGUCAUGACGACAUUGUUCACAUAUUUUCGCGCACAUCGCGGCUGCAGAAGAGUGAAAGACAAUUAAAUGCGCACAAAGUCGACAGCAAUUGGAAUUGCGUAAAAUGGCUGCCACGUCUGCAUAGUUCUGGACAAAGCGUGGAACGUCGACGACCCUUCAUAAUUUACUUCGACGGUAUUUUGUGCUCCAUUCCUCAGAAUCCGCUGUAAAUUACGCCCGUGUAAUCAGAAUCAAAUAGAGGCACAGAUCGCGAUGAUGGUGUAAAAUGGUCGCAUUAAUAGACAAAAGACUCCGAAGAAGGUACUUGUCGCCACUGCCGACGCAGCCAUCCACUGCAACUACGCAUAGCAAACGUGGCAUACCUGACAGCGGCGCGUUUGCGAUAUGUGUACGAGUAUGUGUGCGCGCGCAAAUAAUGUAUGUAUGUAUAUGAAUUUUGAAAUAUCUGUUGCUUGGCCCCUUUGGAUUUAUUGUUGUUAUGUGCAACAUCGGUUGGCUGCGGUGUAUUAUUUGAUCUUUGUGUGUUGCAUGCAUCUUUUGUUCGAUUUUUAUGAGUUUUUAAUAAAAUCUGAUAUUAGUUCAUUG